AUGGUUCGCAGUUCGAUUCAAGCCGAUUUAAAAAAAAAUCGAACCGAUAUUAACUCGAAAUAUUCCUCGUCUACCAAAAACAGGAAAUUUCCCUCGAAUGCUACAAGCGAAGUGGCACCAAGUACAUAUCCUUCGAAAAUCAGUGCCAGAGGCCCCCAUAAACUCCACACUCUCGACAACACCAAGAAAACCAGGGAACUGGAACAAAUCAUGGAAUCCUACAACAUACUCGAAAGUGGAGUGGGCCUCAACCGCCGGACUAGAAUCCUGGAAAAGCUAGCCACACUGUUGAAACAAUGGGUUCGCAAUGUAUCGAUCGCCCAAGGGUUCACCGUAGUGCAAGCGAAAAAACUAGGCGGUAAUCUGUAUACCUUCGGCUCGUACCGACUAGGAGUACACCAGAAGGACGCCGACAUCGAUGCACUCUGUGUCGUACCCCGAAAUAUCGAACGCGCGGCUUUCUUCAAGUCGUUCUAUGAAUUGCUCAGAACGCAUCCAGAAGUUAGCGAAUGUGUGGCGGUGGAACGAGCCUUCGUCCCAGUAAUAAAAAUGAAAUUUGACGGAGUAGAAAUCGAUCUGCUGCUCGCAAGGAUGGCAUUGAAGAGGAUACCUGCCGAUUUGGAUCUUCGAAACAGCGCCCUGCUGAAACACAUGGACCCCCAAUCAGUGCGUAGCCUCAACGGAUGUCGGGUGACGGACGAAAUAUUGAGUGCCGUGCCGGAUGUGGAAAAUUUCCGCCUAGCUCUGCGAGUUAUAAAACUUUGGGCGAAGAAAAAUGGUGUUUACUCUAACAUUUUGGGAUACCUCGGCGGAGUAUCCUGGGCCAUGAUGGUUGCCAAGGUCUGUCAGGUCAACCCGAAUUCAUCGGCGGCUACACUUGUCCACAAGUUUUUCCAGCUAUUCGCCAACUGGGAAUGGCCCCAACCAGUUUUACUGAAGCGACCGAAAGUCCUAGAUCUUGGUUUUCGGGUGUGGAAUCCAACCACAAACGCACAAGAUCGGACUCAUCUGAUGCCGAUUAUUACCCCUGCCUAUCCGGAACAGAACUCCACAUUCAACGUGUCGGUGUCAACGAGGAAAGUUAUCAUGAGAGAAAUAGUGCGAGGUGCACAGAUAAUGGACGAGAUAAUGAGUGGGAAAUCCGAAUGGCACAAACUCUUCAAGGGAUCCUUCUUUUUCGUCAAAUACCAACACUUCUUGGUGCUGACAGCCAGCUCACCCAACGCAAAUAAUCACACCGCAUGGCGCGGCCUGGUUGAAUCCAAAAUUCGUCACCUUAUUGGGGGUUUGGAUCGAGACUCGAGGAUCGCAUUGGCCCACGUGCAUCCGAAGAACUUCGGUCCGCGUUCGUCGAAAAUGGAUGAAGUUGACGGCGACGGUAGCUCAACCCAUUGGUUGAUAGGACUCGAAUUUCGUCGCUCCAAUCAAAUGCAUGUCGACCUGAGGGAUCCCAUCCGAGAUUUUGAUGAAGCCGUGAAGUACAGCGCAUCGCAGAAUGGAAUGUCGAACAAGGGGAUGACAGUCGAGGUUCAGCACGUUAGACGGAAUCAAUUGGCGGAAUUUCUAAGCGCUGAUAGUUUUCAUGUAUAA